CUCUCCCACUGCCACUGCGACGUCACCAACGGCUACAAGAAGAAGAAGAACGUGUUCACCCUCAAAACGAAGGACGGCAGUGAGUUUUUGUUCCACGCAAAAGACGAGGAGGACCUGAAGGUUUGGGUGGGCAACAUCACCGGCAGCAUCACGGAGCACGAGGACAUCGCCAAAUGGGGGCAGCCCCAACCAACUACCUCAUCCACCGACGAGGGCACGCGGCAAGACGGCAGCAAGGCGGAAAACCGGUCAGAGCGAGGCGGUGAGCGCUCGGACCGCGGCGACCGGAUCGAGCCGGCGGAAAACGAGACGGAGAAGGAGAAGGAGAAGGGCGAGCGAUCGGAGCGGGGAGGGAAGUCGGACUCUAAGCGCUCGGAAAAGUCCGGUAAGAAAAAGUGAGCCGUGUGACGGAAUCGGUCGGGAUUGAACCGUACGAACUCCGGAUCGGAGGCGGGGCCGUAGACUGGUAGUGCAACGCCCCACACCGAUCCCUCACCCCGCCCUUCUCUCCGUCUCCGGCGCUGUCAACAAAAAGCGGAUGAGAAGUGACGCGCGGGUCAGAGGGACAGACCCGGGCUUUUACUCGUAAGACGGACAGGACGGUUUCGGAGCAGGAGACAUCUCUCUCUCUCUCUCUCUCUCUUUCCUUCUUCUGUGUCUCUGUGAGAACACACAGUCGCUGAGGCUCCGCCCCCGCCCCCUCUGGUGGCUGUUUCGGGGAACUGCAAGAGAGAGGGAGAGUUUUGCGCUGCCGAAACGCCCCAAACACAGGGGUCCGGGUGGGGUGGGGGGUGUUAACCGCGCACGUUAGAGGGACGGGACGGGCGUCGCGUUGACUCGGAGGCUGCUCUGAAAGCCGUAGCUCAUUCUGUUCCAUGUUUGUUUGUCUUUCUACGAGAUGAGCUGUACCCAUAUGUAUUCUCGUCCGUCUGUCCUAUCUACUGUAUCUAUCUGUUAGUUGAGACACCCUCCUCUUUGUCUUAUUACUCCUUGGAAAGACAAUGGAAAUUAUGCCAAAAUGUUUUACAGACAAAUUUAGAGAAUGUUUAUUUUUUUGCAUUUUUCCUCCUCAAUGAUUUAUCUGUCUAGGAGGUCUGACUGUGGAAAAGAAAAAAGUGGAUGUGACUCUGGUUUUACUUUGAUAGCAAACUGGAAGCACAUUAAUCAUAGAUGAGGCUACGCUGACAAAUGUAUCAUUUAAGACAAGAGAAGAGUAGAUGAGAUCAGAACAAAUAGGGGAAAUGUUUGUCAUGAAAAAACAUCAAAAGGCUUGAAAUCCUUGAAAUUAGCUUAAAAUGUUGAAAAGUCUGCCUGACAAGCAGCUUCCCGUCACCUCUAUAGCAUUCAUUUAGGAUUUUAAAGAUCUUCUCCUUAAGAUGUGUUCAGGGCCGAGGAGUCACAAGGUGAUUAACUUAUUAAGUCCCUCCACAAUACGGUCACUGCAGAAGGCUAAUUUCUAAAAAAUAUACCUAAAAAUACAUGUACAGUAUGUAGAGUUCUUGGAUCCGUAAUCAGAAAGAGAUCAGACUCAUUUAACGGUAGUCUGGCUCCUUUCGUUUUACUCUUGUUUUUAUUCACACAUUACAUUACAUUACAGGUCAUUUAGCAGACGCUUUUAUCCAAAGCGACUUACAUUACACUUUAAACCCGUGGCUUUUCACAUUUUUG